CCGCUGAGUCAUCCUCUACUGUAAGUAGCCAUCCUCAUAUUUAAUCUCUGCAUGCAGCGAGGCCCUCCGCCAUCCAGGCCUGCAUUAGCACACGGAUGCGACACAUUAAUUUGCUCUGGGUAGUUCCCGCGAUCUGCGAAGGUUAUUCCCGGAGAACACGGAGCUGCAGCGGGCUGAGCAGCAGCCACACGGAUGGGUAACGUGCCCACCACAGUGAAGCACUGCCUGAGCUAUGAGCAACUCAUCGAGGACUACCCGUGGCUGAGACGCUGGCUGCAGGAGGACAAGACAAUUACAGGACAUGCCUAUCCAGAGUUUGUUAAAAUUGUUGAAGUUGGGCCAAGAGAUGGACUUCAAAAUGAAAAGGAGAUUGUUCCAACUGGGGUGAAAAUCCAGCUGAUAGAUAUGCUCUCAGGAACAGGCCUGUCUGUGAUCGAGGCCACCAGCUUUGUCUCUUCAAAGUGGGUCCCACAGAUGGCAGACCACACUGAUGUACUCAGAGGAAUCCAGAGAGCAUCUAAUGUUCAGUAUCCUGUUUUGACACCUAACUUGCAAGGCUUUCAGGAUGCUGUUGCAGCUGGUGCUACUGAAGUGGCUGUGUUUGGGUCGGCAUCUGAAACCUUCAGUAAAAAAAAUAUUAACUGUUCUGUUGAUGAAAGUAUGCUGAGGUUUGAGGAAGUCAUUAACGCUGCCAAAAAGCGACAAAUUCCAGUUCGAGGGUAUGUUUCUUGUGCCCUUGGGUGUCCCCAUGAGGGACACAUUGAACCUUCCAAAGUGGCAGAGGUGGCAAAGAGAUUAUAUGAAAUGGGCUGCUAUGAGAUUUCCUUGGGAGACACCAUUGGUAUUGGUACUCCAGGAUCUAUGCUUAAGAUGCUGCAGAGGGUGAUGAAGGACGUGCCCAUCAAUGCGCUUGCAGUUCACUGCCAUGACACCUAUGGGCAAGCACUGCCCAACAUCCUUACUGCACUCCAGAUGGGGGUCUCUGUGGUGGAUUCUGCAGUAGCUGGCCUGGGAGGAUGCCCUUACGCUCAGGGUUCAUCUGGCAAUGUUUCCACAGAGGAUGUUCUCUAUAUGCUUCAUGGCAUGGGCAUUGAAACAGGUGUGAACAUUGCCAAAGUCAUAGAGGCUGGUUCCUUCAUCUGCAGUGCUUUAUCUCGCAAGACAAACUCCAAGGUUGCCCAAGCAAGAAGCACGGCCUGCUGUGAUGCGUCUCUGUAAUGGAACGUCUUUAAAUAUUUUAGUCUGUUCCCUUUAAAGUGCUUCCCCGUUGUUGCUGCCUUCAGAUUUGUUGCCUAUCUGUCUGUAUUUGAACUACAUUGUUCCAUGUAUCUCUUGCAUGUCAUCUAAAUAAUAUUGAAAACUAUCUCAUUUUUAUUAUUUUUUUACUUUAUUGUUCAUUUCCAGUCUAUAUUUGCCAUCUGAGUACCUUUAUAAUCUGCUGAACACAUGCAUCUUCCUUGGCUUAGUUUUUGCUCUACACAAUUUUUGAUGUAACAAAAGCAAGCGUCGACCGCACUGAAUGGAAAGUGACAGGAAGCUGGUAAUUAUCAAGGGGAGUAUUCAUUUGUGAUUGAGGUUUGUGUUGACGGCUCGAUAAUUUAUGAUCUUAUGAUUUUAUUCGUUUGCAUUGAUCAGUGGCCUUAUAAAAUUAUGUAACAGCGUAUUAUAAUCCUACGUGUAUGAGUGCCUCCAUAUGCACCUUGCUUCUCUGAAGACCUUUUGUGAUUUCCUGUGAACUUGUAUAAAUAAUUCAAAAUAGGACAACUCUCAAAUUACCACAAAGAUAGCAUUUUAAAGGAGGCACAGAGGAGUUUUUGCCAUCAGGUUUGCCAAAGAUCCCUUAAAAAGUUCCUCUUUAUAGUCUUUUUUUUGUAUUUCAGAAUUUUACCACGACAUAAACUACUUUCUGAGACAAUUGUCUCCGUAAAGUUGUCCUUUCAUUUUUUGUCAUGUUUACACCCUGCUGUGCAAUCUGUAAAUCAGAAAGUAAAGAAUAAAAAAAAAAAU